AUGGUAGCAAUCCUUCUGUUCUCGUUGGCUCUGGCCCUUACAAUGAUUCCACAAUCUUUAGCCUUCAUCAGAGCUAAGCGACACUCUCCCUCUCAAAGCCUUCAGCAUUACUUCAGGGAAAAGAGACAGCAGAGUUCUUACUACAAUUACGGUUCUGCCACACAAGGACAAAGUAACUACUAUCCACAGUACUCUUACAGCUAUCCUGCAUAUUCCGGUUAUGACUAUAGUCGACAGCCCAGCUAUGGCAGCUCAUACUACUCGCAAUAUCCCCAGUAUCAACAAUAUCCCACUUACGACUACAGUAACUACUACAAUAACUACUACAGCAAUUACUAUCGUGGCUAUGGCACAAGCAGCUAUUACCAGCAGCCAUCAAGCGGAGGUAUGCAGAGAGACCGAUGGGGUAACAGCUACAUGAUGCUCGGCAAUUUCAAGCUCAACAUCGCCUGUAAAUCUCGCGGAUGUCCGGGAAAAUAA